CAGAGACAAUGUCCAGCCACAUGUUCCAAAUAGAAUCGGCGGCCAUUGAACCGAAGCAGUCUCGCGACAAAUCCCAAGAUAAUAUUUCUAAUGAAUGUGAUCAAAUAAGCGUUGAUCCAAAUAGCAGCCGACAAUCAUGCCAGAUUGGAUUAGCAAGGAGUGCGGCUUUGGACGAUAAAGAACAGCCGGGCCUGGCUGCCAGCUCUAUUCCUGAUUAUCAAAACAACUUAUCAUUGGAUUUAUUGAGUGCGCAAUCGAAAUAUUACCCCAAAUCGUCCCCUGAAAAUGUCAACAAUAAACUGCAGUCAACUUCACCAAUUCCCCUCAGUAAUCAUAACUGGAUCAGGGGUGAAAUUGUGAAAAAUAGACCAACUAGUCCCUGCAAUGUAUCGAGCGAAAAUAGCAGCACCCUCUUAUUUGGGCCAAUGAGCGAAUUGGGGACGACAGUUAGUAAACAUAACAUUGAACAGGACUGCGGUGGCGAUUUAACUUUUCCUGCUCAAGUUACACUUGAUUCCGAUAAACAGGAAAAUAACAGUAAGAACAGAAGUGUUAAAACAAAACGAGCUAAUAGCAGUUCUGUUGUGCCAUACUGUUUCAGCUAUUCACUUCAGUCGAACACGCCAAUCGAGACACGCUCCAAUGAUUCAAAAAACAGUGGAGGAAAACUGUCCUUGACAAGCAAAACGGACAAUAUUUUGCACAGUGAUACCAGUUAUCCAAACAGUCUCAAAAGCGACAGCAGUUACUCCAAGCACAACGCCGAAGCUCACGCAAAAACUCUGGGACUGUUGCCAUUACAGAAAUCUGAAGAUUGCAGUUUCAAUCCAAGCGGAAAAAAUAAAGUUAGAGAAGCCAAGCCGAACUCAAAACCAGUCAGAAGAAAUUCGCUGGCAAACUCAGCCGAGUAUUUGAGAAAACUAAGUCUGAGCGCCAAACACAAAACAUCGACUUCGAUGAAGAAGAUAUCCGAGUUUAUCCCGUUUCGUAAAACUGUCACUAUUUCGGACGAGUUCGCAUCAGCCAAUCAGGAAAAGUACAAAAACGGGGCAGUAUCAUUGGGGAACACACCCACUAUCAAACGGAAGCAGGGGGUGCACAUAAGACCCCUGGAGGAGGAAUUACCGGCCAGUCUGCCCCCCUCGGAGUCAGAGAAGAAAGAGCGACGAGAGCCGGAAAAACGAGCGACGAAUGGGAAGCGCAAUAAUGCAAGCCAGCGACCCAAAUCACACUUGCAAAUCACAGACCCAGAUUAUGUGGAGUACUUUCAGAAAUACACUUCAGAGAAAGACAAGGAGUUCCUUCGGAAGUACAUUCACCUGAAACAGGGGUUGGAAUCGAAGUUGGCCCAGUUGGAGCUGGAAUAUAUGAAUCUACUUGACCUUGAGCCGACAGAAGAACUUGAACUUAAUCUGAGCACGCUUGAGUCUACGCAAGGAGAUGAUUUAAUUUUUCACUGCGUGAACUUGUUUGAGUCCCACGAGAACCCGGAGAAAGUGUUGGCGUUAUCAAUGCACAGAGAUUACGAGAACUAUAUCCGAUCCCUUCAGAACUGCGUGUUCGAAAACGUGUUCAAAUUAAUCAAUAUCAAAACGCUGCAAAACAGUAUAAAUGACAGGGAAACAGAGAACAAAAGUGACGGCAACGUUGAAACAGAAGAAGGGAAGGUGAAGAAAAUUAUUCCUGGAAAGAGGAAGACUCAAGUUUUCGAGUCCGAUGUGUUCCAAAGUGACGAUAAUGUGAACUUUUCUACUGCCCAAUUUCUCAGCCCCCUCAGAACAGGAGGGGUGGGUAUGGAAAGACAUGGACCCUGUUGCCACGACAUCGCAACUUCGGACCUCAAAGAAGUGAGCGAGGAGAAACUGGACCCCCUAAUGUGUAAAGUGUCCACUUUGCCCCCAAUGUCCAAGAGAGUAUCUACAACUGGCAUUUGUCUGGACAGAGCACACCAGAUGAGUGUUAUACUGGCAGACACGUCUUCUCAUUCCUCGUUAUUACAACACACCGGCUCAUCGGACUCCAAGUUGACGACAAUGUGUCAAAACUCAAAAACUUCAGCCAGCAGUGUGAGUAACCAGAGUUCAGCUUCUGGUCUGAAUAGUCAAAACAACAGUCGCAAACAGUCUGCUGCAAUGACCGCUCAGCAAAAACACAGCACAGAUUUAGACUUAUUGAAUGAAAUUGAAUUCGCAGAUUCACAGUGAAAUUUUAUACAGAUUUAGAUUUAAUGAAAUUGUUAAUGAAUAAAAUUUACAAAUUUAAGAAAACCAU